CUCAUUCCUCGCGGGGCUCCACUCUGGACCCGCCCGCCUCGCCCUUCAUCCUCAGAGACUCAUUGGUCCCAUUCCCCUCGGGCCUCGCCCUUCAGGUGCUCUGGCUAUGCCCGUCCGACCGCGCUGCUUCCGCCUCGCAGCCCCGUCUCACCCGCUUCUCUCGUAGGCCCUUCUACCCUCCCCGAAGCCCGGCUCCCGGGUUCCGCUUCCACAGGGCCGCCCUCUCUCCUCCGAGAUCCAACGCCUCGCCCCUCGGUAAGAGGCCCGGGACUCGGCCCACGGCCCCGCCCCCCACUUGACUAGUCCUCCCCUGGAAGGCCAGCUCCUCCUCUCGACGCCCCUGCUCUCUCCCACCCAGGACUUCUCGCUCCCAGGCCGGGUCCUCUCACCGUCAAGGCCCGCCCCUUGCCAACGGUUCUCGCCUAUUCGCCGAAGGCCCCCGCGUCCCAGAUUGCCGCCGGGCAGGGGCGGAGACAGCCGGGGCGGUCCCAGGCUCCGCCCCCGGAAGACUCACUUCCGGGCGCGAGCACACCCCGCCCCGCCUCGCCCGGGAGGCAGAGAGGAGACUAUGGAACGUCAGGUGCUGCUGAGUGAGCCCGAGGAGGCGGCGGCUCUGUAUCGGGGCCUUAGCCGCCAGCCCGCGCUGAGCGCCGCCUGCCUGGGCCCGGAGGUCACCACGCAGUACGGCGGCCAGUACCGGACGGUGCACACUGAGUGGACCCAGAGGGACCUGGAACGCAUGGAGAACAUUCGAUUCUGCCGCCAAUACCUGGUGUUCCAUGACGGGGACUCAGUGGUGUUUGCCGGACCUGCAGGCAACAGUGUGGAGACCCGGGGGGAACUGCUGAGCAGAGAGUCUCCUUCAGGCAGCAUGAAAGCUGUGCUGCGCAAGGCUGGAGGCACGGGCCCUGGGGAAGAGAAGCAGUUCCUGGAGGUCUGGGAGAAGAACCGGAAGCUCAAGAGCUUCAACCUAUCAGCACUGGAGAAACAUGGGCCUGUUUAUGAGGAUGACUGUUUUGGCUGCCUGUCCUGGUCGCACUCGGAGACACACUUGUUGUAUGUGGCAGAGAGGAAGCGCCCCAAGGCCGAGUCCUUCUUUCAGACCAAAGCCUUGGACGUCAGUGCCAGCGAUGAUGAGAUAGCCAGGCUGAAGAAGCCAGACCAAGCCAUCAAGGGGGAUCAGUUUGUAUUUUACGAAGACUGGGGAGAAAACAUGGUUUCCAAAAGCAUCCCUGUGCUCUGCGUGCUGGAUGUCGAGAGUGGCAACAUCUCUGUGCUUGAGGGGGUCCCUGAGAAUGUGUCCCCUGGACAGGCAUUCUGGGCCCCUGGAGAUGCUGGUGUGGUGUUUGUGGGCUGGUGGCAUGAGCCCUUCCGGUUGGGCAUCCGCUUUUGCACCAAUCGCAGGUCAGCCCUGUACUAUGUGGACCUCAUCGGGGGGAAGUGUGAGCUCCUCUCAGAUGAUUCCCUGGCUGUCUCUUCUCCCCGGCUGAGCCCAGACCAAUGUCGCAUUGUCUACCUGCAGUACCCAUCUCUGAUCCCCCAUCAUCAGUGCAGCCAGCUGUGCCUGUAUGACUGGUAUACCAAGGUUACCUCAGUGGUGGUAGACGUUGUGCCUCGGCAGCUGGGAGAGAACUUCUCUGGGAUCUACUGCAGCCUUCUGCCUCUGGGAUGCUGGUCAGCUGACAGCCAGAGAGUGGUCUUUGACUCGGCUCAGCGCAGCCGGCAGGACCUGUUUGCUGUGGACACCCAAGUGGGCACCGUGACCUCCCUCACAGCUGGAGGGUCAGGUGGGAGCUGGAAGCUGCUCACAAUUGACCGGGACCUCAUGGUGGCACAGUUUUCCACACCCAGCCUACCUCCAACCCUGAAAGUUGGGUUCCUGCCUUCUGCAGGGAAGGAGCAGUCAGUGUUGUGGGUGUCCCUGGAGGAGGCCGAGCCCAUUCCUGAUAUCCACUGGGGCAUCCGGGUGCUACAGCCACCCCCAGAGCAAGAGAAUGUGCAGUAUGGGGGGCCCCAUUCAUCCUUUGUCACUGCCUGGAUGCUGUUCCCAGCCAUGCUUUGCAAGAUGGGCUUUGCGGUACUACUAGUGAACUAUCGUGGCUCCACGGGCUUUGGCCAGGACAGCAUCCUCUCCCUCCCAGGCAAUGUGGGCCACCAGGAUGUGAAGGAUGUCCAGUUUGCAGUGGAACAGGUGCUCCAGGAGGAACACUUUGACGCAAGCCAUGUGGCCCUUAUGGGUGGUUCCCAUGGUGGCUUCAUCUCCUGCCACUUGAUUGGUCAGUACCCAGAGACCUAUAGGGCCUGCGUGGCCCGGAACCCUGUGAUCAACAUCGCCUCCAUGUUGGGCUCCACUGACAUCCCUGACUGGUGCGUGGUGGAGGCUGGCUUUCCUUUCAGCGGUGACUGCCUGCCAGACCUCAGCGUGUGGGCUGAGAUGCUGGACAAAUCGCCCAUCAAAUACAUCCCUCAGGUGAAGACACCACUGUUACUGAUGUUGGGCCAGGAGGACCGGCGUGUGCCCUUCAAGCAGGGCAUGGAGUAUUACCGUGCCCUCAAGACCCGGAAUGUGCCUGUUCGGCUCCUGCUGUAUCCCAAAAGCACCCACGCACUAUCAGAGGUGGAGGUGGAGUCAGACAGCUUCAUGAAUGCUGUGCUCUGGCUACGCACACACUUGGGCAGCUGAAGCCCUGCCAUUCUGCAUGAGCUGAUCAGCCUGUGCCACAUGUCGCUCUUGGGGAGCUCCAAGGUCUGGCAGGGCAACAGGAGGCUUUCUGGACUCUGGACUCCACGGAUGCGUGGGCAGAGGAAUGUGGGCUAUGUAGUCAUAAUAAAUUAGGACACAGAG